CCCCUCUCCAGAAUGGCACUGUAGUGUAAAAUAUCUUGAAAUCACAUUUGAAGUUCUUCAGUUUUUACUGUUUUGUAAGUGUUAUUUUGUGAUGUCGAAAGGAAACGUAUGUCUGAUACUUGAAGUUGGAGACCUUUUUGGCUAACAAAGCACAUACUGGGUUUACCCCGCUGUCUCUUCUGAAGGAUUUCUAUGGUCCUUAGACCCGCAGGAUCAGGCCGACCCCAUCGACUUUUCUUCCACCAGCAUCCUACAGUCAAACACCUCGAGCCUAUGAAGUUCCUCGGCAGGCAGCUCGUGCGUAUGGACUGAAUGGUGUUCAUCUGUCCGGUUAAUAAUUGACGGGAUGUUAGCUGCUGCCAGUGUCAGUGGACUCUUGUGCAGGAAAAAAGGCUCAAGAGCAAAACAUCGCUCGAGUCUGUAGCAAUAAGGUAAUAAAAAUGAAAGCAGGGGGCGAGGCAAAGAGAAAAACAUGACCAGAGGUUGGGAGUCACAGCCAGGAGGAUUUGUGACGUGGAUUACAGUAUUGGGUUGGAAAUGAGAGGCAGAAAACGCAAGCAAUAAAAAAAAAUCCUGAUAGAUCCAACCCAGCUUUAUGUGCAUGGACGAUUUUAGGCUGCUGUCCAGAAAGAUAAGAGGGAUCGGAGCCUUGAUUUUGGUCGUGCCUUUUACCUGACGUCUCAACCUCACUGUACGGACUUUAGCGUUUCCACGCCUGGAUGCUUUCCACGCUUGGCUUAUAAGGCAGCUCAAAGAAACUUAAUGAUAUAUUUGUUUACAUCUUGUAAAUAACACCUGGAUUUUACUGUAAAUUAUCUUCUGGGUUCUUGUUUGAAGCCUCUGAUUUGGAUUUGUCAUACACUUUAAAUCUAUAUAUUGUUGAAUUGGUCACUACCCGGUAGCUGAAACAUGGCACUUUACAUGAAGGGUCUAAGAAACGGAGAGUCCGACAGAGGGAUGGCUCAGUUCCAGGAAAUGAUGCGGCAGCAGCUGGAGAGCUCCAUGCACGCAGAGCUGGAGAAACUGCUGGACACCAGCACGGGCGCAGAGAGCGAGGUGUCCAGGAAAGAUUUUGAAGGCUUCAAGAACCUUUUCCACAGAUUUCUACAAGUGAAAGGGCCAUCAGUUGAAUGGACUAAGAUACAAAGACCUCCAGAGGACUCAAUCCAGCCGUACGAUAAGAUUGCUGCUCGAGGCCUGCCAGAAAACGUUGCUGACAGUCUGAAUAAACUGGUAGUGGUUAAACUGAAUGGAGGCCUGGGAACCAGCAUGGGGUGUAAGGGCCCCAAGAGCCUGAUCAGCGUCCGAAAUGAGAACACCUUCCUGGACCUCACUGUGCAGCAGAUAGAGCACCUGAACAAAACAUACAACACCGAUGUGCCCCUGGUCCUCAUGAACUCCUUCAACACAGACGAAGACACAAAGAAGAUCCUGCAGAAGUAUGCCCACCACCGGGUCAAGAUUCACACAUUUAACCAGAGCAGGUAUCCUCGCAUCAACAAAGAGUCCCUCCUCCCUGUGUCCACAAACCUAAGCAUGACCGGGCAGAAUGCAGAGGGCUGGUAUCCUCCAGGGCACGGUGAUAUUUACGAAAGUUUCUACAACUCUGGUCUGUUGGAUCAGCUGAUUGCAAAGGGUAAAGAGUAUAUCUUUGUGUCCAACAUUGACAACCUGGGAGCCACCGUGGACCUCCACAUCCUGCACCACCUGGUCAGUCAGCCCAACGGCAAGCGCUGCGAGUUCAUCAUGGAGGUGACGGAUAAGACGCGUGCAGACGUCAAGGGUGGCACGCUGAUCCAGUAUGAUGGAAAACUGCGUCUUCUAGAGAUUGCACAGGUCCCCAAGGCCCAUGUUGAUGAAUUCAAAUCAGUUUCCAAGUUUAAGAUUUUCAACACCAACAACCUGUGGCUCUCGCUGGCUGCAAUGAAGAGGCUGCAGGAGCAAAGAGCCAUGGACCUGGAAAUUAUUGUCAACCCCAAGACCCUUGAUGGCGGUCAGAAUGUCAUCCAGUUGGAGACCGCUGUUGGCGCUGCCAUCAAAUGCUUCGACAAUGCACUUGGGAUCAAUGUACCUCGAAGCCGCUUCCUGCCCGUCAAGACCACGUCAGACCUGUGUCUUGUCAUGUCCAACCUGUACAGCCUGGAGGCCGGCUCCCUCACCAUGAGCCCCAAGAGGGAGUUCCCGACAACGCCACACGUCAAACUGGGCAGCUCCUUCACAAAGGUACAGGAGUAUCUGACUCGCUUUGAGAGCAUCCCUGACAUGCUGGAGCUUGACCACCUCACUGUGUCUGGAGACGUCACCUUUGGGAAAAACGUUUCUCUCAAGGGCACCGUCAUCAUCAUCGCCAACCACGGAGAUCGGAUUGACAUUCCAGCGGGCUCCAUGCUGGAAAACAAAAUCGUAUCUGGCAAUCUCCGCAUCAUGGACCAUUAAUGCCUUGAUAAAACACCCUGCACACACAAACAUAUGCACACAUCCUGAUCAUGUCGCCCAUUCGGCUUCAUCCCAGUCAUGUGACCUAUUUGUCUUUUUCCCUGACACCAACAGAUUGUGACGUGAAGUGUUGUUUUCCUGGAGGCUAUAUGAUGUGUGUGCUUGUGCAGCCCCAUUCUGCCAAGGAUUAAUGUAGCUGGGAUAUACUGCCCUCUACAGUCUGUUUAUGAUAAUUCAUCUAACAGUAGUAAUAAUGAGCAACUUUAAUCAUUGACUUAUAACCACAGCCAAAUGUUAUUUCUAAUUCUUUUUUCAGUUACUGUAGUUAUUUAGUUUCUUUGUCAGAAAGUAAAACCUUGAAAAAUACACAUAAAAUACACAAAACACAACUAUAAGAUUGAUAAUAUUUAUCAAUAUUAAGGAGCUACACGUUCAAGAACAAUUCAGAUGAUUUAAUCAUUAUCUUCAGCUUCAGUCUGCUUUAACAGCACUAUAAAUGCAAUCACAUGGAGAAAGAUAAAGUCAUUGUUCUUAACAGAAGAGUUAGUACUAUUUUUUCCAAGCACAGCGGCACAGGAUGGUUCCACAGUCAGAUGUCACAGCUUUGGUAAAGUGAAAAAAUAAUUGUUAAAUGAGGGUCAUUUAUCAAUAAUUUAGAACCAAACUGGGAGCCUUUCUCCACACAGUUCAUCUGUCUAUUAUCAGUUACAAUUAUGUUCAAACUUGUGCAAAAUAAUCUUAAAAAUGUCUCAUGGCUAUAGCUUAUUAUCUAUCAUUGAUAGAUAGUGGAUUUCAUCACCCACUGAGAUUAUUGCUCCUGGGUUAAACCAUAUCUAGUCAAAAAUGUUAAAAAAGUUUCUUGCCUACUACAUAAUUCUGACUGAAGGCAGACUGGGUCCAAAGGUUUCAAAAGGAAAACCUUUUACCUCAAAUGGCAUUAUUUAUUGGUGUUAGCCUGUUUCGUGCAGCACAACAAGCAGUUAUGACAAGAUAUUAACAUCUUUUCCUUAAACAUCAGUUUAAGUGUAAAUUGUCUAAGCAAAAAGUUGAAUAUCUCCUUGCAGUUAUCAAACUUUUUUUUGGAGUUUUCUCUCUGACAACUUGACAAGUUGAAAUUAAAAUUUCACUCUGUCUUUGGGCUGUUUUGGGUGUUAACCAAAUCCGUCUCUUAUCAGCUUAAUGCUGAAUGUAUGUAUUUUUUACCAACAGUUGUUCUUUUGGAGUGCUGCUCUCCAUGUAAGUUUGUGCUUAAAAAGAACUUAGUCAAAAUUUUACUGUGAAGUAAAAAUAUUUCAGUAAAAUUUUCAGGCAUUUGCUUGAAGUCACUUGAAUACCAUCUUUAAAUCCGCUUAAAGUCGCUGUAAAGUGAAAUCCAAACUUUGUCUCUUAACUUACUAGAUAUGUGGGAAUAAGAUGGCUGUAAACAAGUGGAAACGCUGAGGUCUAUGUGUGACCUAAUUUUUGGAUUCAGCCCAUUAAAGUCAUGCACUUCUUCACCUUUUCUAACCUGCCCUCCUAACGCUACAACCAUAUGAAAACAUCGAGCAGUUCAUCUCAGUACAGUCUGUUGUUAGCCGAUGCCACUACCUUCAUUAAAAGUUACAUGCUUUAAGUAAGGUAAAUGUCAGAUCUUAGCGGAGGGAUAAAGACAUUCCUUACCUUGAUAAAUAAUAAUAAUACAAUAAUAAUACAAAAUAAACACAUGACUUUAUUUUAACACAGUUUAAUAAUAUUUGUCAUCUUGCUGUGUCCCCUUGUUUAAUGUUAAGUGGCAUUUGACAGGAGAUUAGAUCAAUUAAAUCACGUAAACAUACUGUUUUUUUUUUUCUUUUAAACACGUAGAAUAUAUAGAGUAUUUGUGCUGGAACUCCAAUACAAUCAGGUUAAAGUCACUCGCACCGAGGGUGGGAGAGCUGUAUUGGAAUUGGUCUGGUUCAUCUUUUUUUUUUUUUUUUUUAAUCACACCCCAGCCUUUUCUGGGCCCCUUAAGAUGCUCAAAAACCAGCACAAAUAUGUGGGGUCUGAAAAUGCAAGGUUGACAUAGGUUUCAUAGAUGACCCUCAGGAAUAGCGCCACCUUUCGUGCUUAUACAGAACAGCCCCAAAAGAGACUUAGGCCUAGAGUUGUGAAAUUUGGCUCACAGAUUCGGUUCAGGGAGCUCUACAAAAAAGUCUGCUGGAGCAAAUCUCUAGCUCCAACAGGAAAUCUGCCAUUUUGAAUAAAUCAACCAAAAAUGAGGUGUUUUUGGCCUGUUCCAGGAGUCAUACUUGAUCAUCCUAGUUCCAUUUUGGGUUGUAAAUAUGAGUUAAAGCAUUUCACAAAAGUUGUCAUGGAAUUUGUUUUACUUAUAUUCAAAACAACAAGUUAAAAAAUUAAGAACAAAAAUGUAUUUGUGGAACCAUACAUGAAGUUUGUGCUUGGAAAUAAAUAACUCAAGUUCUUCUAGAGCCACAAUGACCUCCAGAUAAAAGAGUGUAGAACAAAUUUUAUUUAUUUACAACUCCAGCGACGCAGGAGUUUGUACCACUGAGGAGAAACUUCAGAUUUUAUUUUCCCUGACUGUGUCCCCUUACCACAUGGCUGAAUUGCUCUGUGUUGAACUGAAAUAUUCAGGUGAAGGCCUUUUUCAGUGAUGCAGAUGAUGAAAAAAGUAAACAGUUUUGUGCAUUAUUUUAGUUAGUUUGUUCACCUCGUGACCUUAAUGUUGUGUGAAACCUCAUGCCUUCUUUACAGUGUCAAAUCCGUCCUGUUGUCUCUGUCCCAUCACACAAAGAAAGAUAGGAGGUGCUGUUCUUUCUGUCACAUUCAUUUUCACAUUAAGACAGUAGACUUUUUUUAAAACAUGAACAUAGAGGUGAAGCGUGAGAAUACUUGAGAUGGGUUCGACAUGUGGACCGAGAGACAGAAAGCAAUAAGUGUUGAUCUGUGACGGUGACGGGGUCUCAGCCCAGCCCAGCUCUGUUGCAUCAGAGCUGAAUAAAGUGCAAUAUGAAAUAACAA